UCAGUACUGGAGAGGCAAUGGCGGUAGCCUGAAUGAGCGGUUCUUGUGUACUUGAAACGUGGAACUUUUGAGUGUGGCACAUCAUAGCAUAUCGUAGUAAUAAAACUGUCCUCAGAAAUCGGUUUUUCAUAAUGACAAGAGGUAACAACUGUAGUGCACAGAAGAGAGGGUGAUAUCCUUAAUAUGUGCAUAUAAAUUAUAUUGUCAAAAUAUGGACUAAUUUCGGCGAAGAUAAAAUGGAUUUGGGUUACUCGUGAGAACCAACAUCUAAUAUUACUUGACAAUGCUGACUGACAAACAAAAUUGAAGUGUAAAGAAAUUAAAUAACAAAGAACAUUCCUGAAAUAAAUUACACAAGAUCAGGAUGCCAACUAGAAGAUCCAAGGGUGGCCUUUUGGCCAGGGUGAACUUCCCAUUGUAUACUCUACAAAUGUUGACAAGUAGGCACAUCCUAGUUGGCGGAGGUGGUGGUUCAUCCAAGACUGGAGUUGCUAAUGGAUUUGAAAUAUUUGAACUGUUCCAUGAUGGAGUACAAUUUGUGGCUGAGGAAGUAACGAGGCAUGAAACAGGUCUUAGCGUAGUCAUGAAUUGUGCCUCUCACAACAAUGGUAAACGGACAGUUAUCGUUGCUGGACAAGAGAGCCACUGCCAAAUGUACAACGUAAACAUGAAAAUUGUUAGUGUUGAGAACAACGGAGAAGUUAUCAAAGGUACAGAAGGAGGCAAAGAGAGUGGAGGAUUAUUGAGGCAGCGAAAGAAAAGUGAGAGGGAAAACAAGCAGGAAGAAGGCGAUAAUAUUACCAAGACAGAAAGGAUACAAAAAAUUUCUGACAGCAAUUCAUACGUAAGACACAAGAAGCUUCAACUCAUCAUCAAGCCGGCUGACAGCGUUCAAACUGAUUUCAGUGUUAGUGAACCGUUGCAAAGGAUCGUACGUGUAAGUCCAAGCGGUGAUUGCAUGGCGACAGGUGGUACAGAUGGUCACAUCCGUCUCUGGAAGUUUCCACAUAUGACAAAGAUUCAUGACAUAAAAUCACAUUCCAAAGAAAUAGAUGACAUGGAUUUUAGUCCUUGCGGUGAUAUUCUAGCAACAAUAGCAAAAGAUGGAAAAGCGUUUCUUUGGAAUGUAUCCUCAGGGAAAAAGGAAAAAGAACUGACAUGGGCUGUUCCCGAUGGUUCAAAAUACAUGUACAAACGACUUCGCUACAGAGUGACGGAGGAAGCCAAGUCCAGCUCACAGCUAUUCAUGCUUACGAACGCAACCUUAAGCAAGAAACCAAGCUUUCUACAGCUUUGGGACGUUCACACCGACUCUGUGCUCAAGUCAGUUCCCUACAAGGAAACCCUGUCCGCGCUCGCUGUAUCUGACAAUGGAAGGUUCGUCGCUGUUGGCACCAUGUUCUCAGGCAAUGUUGAUAUUUUCAUAGCCUUCAGCCUUCGAAGAGCCCUCCAUGUUCAGGGUGCCCACAGCAUGUUUGUCACUGGACUAGAAUUCCUACCAACAAAACACGAUGGACCCGCCAUUACUAGCAACACCGAAGCCGCUGUUGUCAGUAUUUCAGUCGACAACAGAAUCUGCAUUCACAGCAUCCCAUUCAGACACACUGUGCCGUUCUGGGUGGUUAUAGUCCUGAUCGUUCUGAGCAUAUUCGGUGCGUUUGUAGCGUGCAGUUGGUUGGGUAUAUGACGAAGAAGAAUUCUUCAUCAAUGGCUAUUUAUUGGAGGAACUCCGGGUGGUAGCAAUUACCAAAUUUUAUCGUAUCUGAGUGUGACAUGAUGAGAUUCUCCGAGGGGUAUGUUCGUCUUUGAUUCGAUUAAAGUUUGAAAAAUAGAAUAAUUUUUUUUGUAGCAUAGCUAUUUUCCUUCUCAAGUAAAAGUUCAAGUAAAAUAUUGAUUGGUAUAAGUAUGGUACUGUAAAUAUAAUUGGACCAUUUUGGUCAUGGAAAUGGGUGAAUUAUUGCCGAACGUUUCGUAUUGAAAAAAUACAACGCCGUUCGAUAUUUCAAUCUGCAUUUAUUUAACUUUGAUGUUCUAUCGUUCUGAAUAAUAAUACGACUGAUGCUGAAAAUCUAACAAAAAUGAAAAUAGCUAAUGGUGAAUUGAUGGAAAUAAAAUCCUUCUAGAAUCCGAAAUUUCAAUGUUCAGUCAAUGGUGAAAUUUCGGAUUCAGCCCUGAUUUUCUACCAUUCUGAACAGUUAUAUUUGCGGUAUGCAACCGGAGAUGAUCCGCAAAUUUAGGUUUACAUUUGAAUUUUACGGUGUUUUAAAAAUUAGCUAAAUAUCUAAAUUCAAUGGGCAAAUAAACUAAAAUGAUUAUAUUACCGGUAAUGUAUACGAUAUUAUUAUUAUCAUACAUCGUACGUACAGGGACGUAUUGAUGAUGAUUGUCGAUGAAAGUAAGCAGAGAAAGUGGUCAAAGAAAAAAAUGACCAACAACAAACAUCGAAAUUUGCAAUACUUGAACUUAAAAAAUGAAAAAAUGAAUAAAUAAAUAAAUAAAUAAUAAAUAAAAGGCCAAACAAACUUGAGUCAUUUUGCCAGGCUGUACAGGAAAAGUUGGAUGUAAUAUAGUGAUGCAUAUAGGAAUAUAAAUUAUUCUUCUUGCAAAUUGGAAAUCUCGCUUUGCUUGAGAAAGGUGUAAUAUAUUAUACCUAUGUAUGUUUAAUGUUGGGUAUCUGAGUCGUGAAACACGCGGGUGCGCGUGGCGAUACUUUCAUGUAUUCAUUCUGUUCAUUUGGAACGGGACGAAGUUCUAUGUACAGAUAGCAUAACGAUGUAUAUACGAUGUAAGUUCGAAAUGAAAGGCAUGCUCUCGAAUCUCGGCUGACAUUUUAAAUUCACAGUAUACCGAGGAAUUUCACUUACCAUUUCGAAGAGUCGAACGUCAGAUUUACUUUCAAGGCUGUGCAGUUGGUGAAGUUAUAACUAGAAAUUGUAAGGAAAGGAUGGGUAUUUUCCAUUAUUUGUAGACGCGAAAAAAAACAAUUCGCGGAUGGUAAUUAUUUUUGCAGUACGUGAGGGAAUCGUUGAGCCGCAAAGACGAAACUCAGAUAUUCGGUAGUUAAAAUCAAGAAAUAAAAUUUCAAUAAAUACUGUU